CCCGGACUAUCUCGCACGACAGAUGUUACUUACAAAUUGCUAUCCUGAGCAAUUUUCUCGAGAUAAAGGCCCGAGGCGUGAGAAAAGUUAGAAAAAAACACACACACGAAAUCGUUGCACACCGGCAGCGUCAGGAGACCGCGGCGCGCGUCGCGACCCCGUCCCCGAUAGACAAGCGCGCGCCACCGGGCAGGUGCCACCUUGCCUACCUACCUACCUACCUUGGGAAGCCGAAGGCACCGUCAGCUGCCGUGGCGUGGAGGCCCGGUGCCGUGACGCUGCGCGAUGGAGGUGCCGCUGCCGGCAGAGGCGGCGGAGGAGGAGCGCCGCGCGGCGACGGGGGCGUGCCUCCCCAGGCUGGUCUCCGGCGUCCUCUCCGGAGCCCUCACCGGCCUCUUCGCUGUCAGUAAGUUGCAGAAAUGAUUGCUGGAGGCUUGACGGGGGCGUUCACCGGCGCAUUGGCGGGGAGGGCUUCCGACAGCGGCGUCCUCCGGGGAGCCGUGUUGGGGGCGUUUGCGGGGGCGGUGCUCUCCAUCGAGGUUCUGGAGGCUUGUCGCACGUACUGGUGCGCGGACCGAUCCAGCCCACAGAGCACAUCAUCCAUGGGGGAUUUCAUAGAGCAGCUCCUUCAUGCUCGAUUUGUGCAAGACCAGUAUGAACCAUCAGUAUAUAUGGCAUAUCGUUGGCAGGUUGAUAUUGCGGACAAUGAUGACUUGUACGAUGUCCUUGAAGAAGUUUUAUCCGAAGGGUUCUCACAAGAUACCCUAAAGAAGUUACCUCAUCACGUGGUGACUGAUCAGAAGCAAGAAUUGAUUGGUGAAAACUUGUCUUGCGCUAUUUGCCUGCAGGAUAUUGUUUCUGGAGCGACAGUGAGGAAGUUGCCAAGAUGUUCUCACACUUUCCACCAGCCUUGUGUCGACAGAUGGUUCAUUGACCAUGGUUCAUGCCCUGUAUGUAGGCAAGAAGUGUAGAUAGAUUAUUUUCAGUCCUAGGUCCUCAUGCCUUUGUGAAGUGCCCACUCUCAUCAUAUGAAAGAUUCGCAGCAACGUAAAUUAAGCCCUAUACUUGUUUCUGUCUUGAAAAAUGGUUGUAUACAUCAGACAGUCCGAGGAUCAUAUAUUUUUAGGCCUUGUUUUUUUUUUCUGUUUCUA